AUGACCCAAUGCAUACAACCCUUUGCUGGUACUUCACGUGCUCGCGUCUCGCAGCUGCCCGAACGGGUGCUGUCGGCGAUUCAAAAGGCCGAAGAUGCAACGAGAGAUUGCACUGGGUUCUUGUUUAACAUCUGCCUGAGUUACGGUGCUCGGCAAGAAAUGGCGAACGCGUGUCGGCAGAUUGCACAAGAAGUGGCCAGCGGUGUCACGAGCCUUGACUUGGUCGACGAGUGUGCCGUAGAACGGCAUCUAUUGACCAAAGGUCUACCGGAUCCGGACCUCCUCAUUCGGACGUCUGGAGAAAAGCGGGUGAGCAACUUUCUCCUCUUCCAGAUGGCUUACACGGAGCUUUUUUUCGUGGACAAGUUGUGGCCAGAUAUCACUAGGCGUGACGUGCUCGACAUUUUCGAGGCAUUCAAGACACGAAAGCGCAGGUUUGGGUGCUAAAGAAGGACUCACGUGAAACAAGCGCUCAAGGCAUCUUCAGCGCCCACUUUGAGGUUGUCUAGUUGGUUUUGGAUGGCGACGAGUUUGCCGGAUCGCCAGAAUUGUGCGAGACUGCAUUUCCACAUAUUCAUAGCUUAGGUGCAACAUAUCCCGCACCUGACGGAUUCUAUCUAAUACUUUUAGUUAUAGAUGGCACCAGAUAGCUUUGCGUAGCUGGCUGAUCUUGCCAGGAUCGGAGAAUCUACGGUGUCUUGGACGAUAAAAAAAGUCUUGCCUUUCCGCCCAGAGCUUGUGAGUCCGGAUCACCACUGGAAACCUAGACGGGCUUUCGUUUUCAUCGCGAGAAGAGUUCAACAAUCCUCUCGGCCUCGUUUACAGCUGAGUUGAACGAACUUCUGUCUCAAGCUGGGCUUCGAACACACAAGCUCGAAUAUCGCAUCGAGCAUGCAUGCAGAGGACGGGGGUACGAUGUCCCCACUACAAUUCACCAAAUUCAGGUAGUGUCAUUUCAGUAGCCCCUAUUUCCACACACACCACCCGUGGUUUUCGGAAGCCACUUUCAGUGUCUGUUUGCAUGAAGAAGAUCGGCGAUUUUGAUGGACCAAGGGUCCGCAAUUUUGUUUUGGUGUUGAAGUCCGGUUUAUUCUCUAACAAUGUAAGGGACGUGUUCUUCGGUCGGUCUUGAGAUUACUGUAACAGUUGUAUCUAUUUUUUGAGUGGGGUGGAUGGAAGUGCGCAGGUGCUGCAAAAUCGUUUGUGCAAGUUUGGUACAAAAAUACCGGUUUGGAGAAACAGCGCCUCUCGUCGGGAACCUCUGCAUGCAAGUGACUUACGUGUUCCUUCGAUUUCACACCCCCGCGACACAAGACUGAAUGAAGCCACAUAUCAGGC